AAUGGCGUCGACGAGUCUGGGGAGUCUGGGGAGCCAGCGCUGAAGCUUCUUGCCAGGUUGGCUGGUGACGCCCGGUGUGGCGGGGCCCCGCUGCCGUGGGACGGACGUGCCCACCUUGUGGGCUCCUGGGCCAGCGCUGGCGGAGCCUAGCGAGACUGGGCGACUGCGGGGGCGCCUCCGAGAGGAGCCGGGGGUGUUAGAAAGAGGCUGCGGGGGGCGCUCGGGCUCGCUCCGGGUUCGCAGCCCAGGCCCGGCAGAGCCCCUGCGGAGCCCGAGAGGCGGGCUGUGGAAGGGCUGGAGGCGACCCAAGGAGUUGACAGUGCCACAGCUUAUUUGUGCGGCUCUGAAAUUAGCUCAGACCUUGAGUGAUCAUGUCUGGCACCAACAGCCCCGAGGCGGUGAAGAAGCUGCUGGAGAAUAUGCAGAGCGACUUGCGGGCCUUGUCACUGGAGUGCAAGAAGAAAUUCCCACCUGUCAAGGAGGCUGCUGAAUCAGGAAUAAUAAAAGUUAAAACAAUAGCUGCAAGAAACACGGAAAUUUUGACAGCAUUGAAAGAGAACAGCUCAGAGGUUGUACAGCCUUUCCUAAUGGGUUGUGGAACCAAGGAACCGAAGAUCACUCAGCUAUGUUUGGCUGCCAUUCAGAGACUCAUGUCACAUGAAGUUGUGUCUGAGACUGCUGCUGGGAAUAUAAUUAACAUGCUUUGGCAGCUAAUGGAAAAUAGUCUUGAAGAACUUAAGCUACUUCAAACAGUUCUUGUUCUUUUAACAACCAAUACAGUAGUCCAUGAUGAGGCACUUUCUAAGGCAAUUGUUCUUUGUUUUCGACUACACUUCACAAAAGAUAAUAUUACAAAUAAUACAGCUGCUGCUACAGUGCGACAAGUUGUUACUGUGGUUUUUGAGAGAAUGGUUGCUGAAGAUGAACGAUACAGAGAUAUUAUAGAACAGCCAGUACUGGUGCAAGGAAAUAGUAACAGAAGAUCUGUCAGUACUCUCAAACCUUGUGCUAAAGAUGCAUAUAUGCUUUUCCAGGAUCUUUGUCAAUUGGUUAAUGCUGAUGCCCCUUACUGGCUAGUAGGCAUGACAGAAAUGACUCGGACAUUUGGCCUUGAAUUGCUUGAGUCAGUCCUCAAUGAUUUUCCACAAGUCUUUUUACAGCACCAGGAAUUUAGUUUCCUCCUCAAAGAAAGAGUAUGUCCUCUUGUGAUAAAACUCUUUUCUCCAAAUAUAAAGUUCAGACAAGGUUCAAGUACUUCAUCUUCCCCAGCACCUGUUGAAAAACCAUAUUUUCCUAUCUGUAUGCGAUUGCUGAGAGUGGUUUCUGUCCUGAUUAAGCAGUUUUAUAGUCUUUUGGUAACUGAAUGUGAAAUAUUUCUGUCACUUUUGGUGAAAUUUCUGGAUGCAGAUAAACCACAGUGGCUACGAGCUGUUGCGGUUGAAUCAAUACACAGAUUAUGUGUGCAGCCUCAGCUGUUAAGGUCAUUUUGUCAGUCCUAUGAUAUGAAACAACAUUCUACCAAGGUUUUUCGUGAUAUUGUGAAUGCACUGGGAUCAUUUAUCCAGUCCUUGUUUCUUGUUCCUCCUACUGGAAAUCCUGCUACAACCAACCAAGCUGGCAACAAUAAUUCAGGUGGCCCAGUCUCAGCUCCAGCUAACUCAGGAAUGGUGGGAAUUGGUGGAGGUGUUACUUUGCUACCAGCAUUUGAAUAUAGAGGAACUUGGAUACCUAUUCUGACAGUAACAGUUCAAGGCAGUGCUAAAGCCACCUACCUAGAGAUGCUGGACAAAGUUGAGCCUCCAACUAUACCAGAAGGUUAUGCCAUGUCUGUGGCAUUCCAUUGUUUGCUAGACCUUGUUCGGGGAAUCACUAGUAUGAUUGAAGGAGAGUUAGGAGAGGUUGAAACAGAAUAUCAGUCUACCUCAGAAGUGGCUUCUUCACCAAUGCAUUCAUCAGAACAGCAAGAUUUACAGUCAACAUCAGACCAAAUGGAUAAGGAAAUAGUUAGUAGAGCUGUUUGGGAAGAAAUGGUGAAUGCUUGCUGGUGUGGUCUUCUUGCUGCACUCUCACUCCUUCUUGAUGCCAGCACAGAUGAAGCUGCCACUGAGAAUAUCUUAAAAGCUGAACUGACUAUGGCUGCUCUUUGUGGAAGACUGGGCCUUGUAACUUCAAGAGAUGCCUUUAUAACUGCAAUAUGCAAAGGUUCCUUGCCUCCGCAUUAUGCCCUUACUGUAUUGAACACCACCACAGCAGCUACACUUUCCAAUAAAUCGUAUUCUAUUCAGGGCCAAAGUGUUAUGAUGAUAAGUCCAUCAAGUGAGUCUCACCAGCAGGUUGUGGCAGUGGGUCAACCUCUAGCAGUCCAGCCUCAAGGGACAGUAAUGCUAACUUCCAAAAAUAUCCAGUGUAUGAGGACUCUGCUUAACUUGGCACACUGUCAUGGAGCUGUUCUUGGAACAUCAUGGCAACUUGUCUUGGCAACUCUUCAGCAUCUUGUAUGGAUUCUGGGAUUAAAGCCUAGUAGUGGUGGUGCCUUGAAACCUGGAAGAGCUGUAGAAGGACCUAGUACAGUUCUAACAACUGCAGUGAUGACAGAUUUACCAGUGAUUUCCAAUAUACUUUCAAGAUUGUUUGAAAGCUCGCAGUAUCUUGAUGAUGUAUCAUUACAUCAUUUAAUAAAUGCACUCUGUUCCUUAUCUCUAGAAGCAAUGGAUAUGGCCUAUGGAAAUAAUAAGGAACCAUCUCUGUUUGCUGUUGCCAAAUUGUUAGAAACUGGUCUAGUUAACAUGCACCGAAUAGAAAUUUUAUGGAGACCUCUCACUGGUCAUUUACUUGAGAAGGUCUGCCAGCAUCCAAACUCUCGAAUGAGAGAAUGGGGAGCAGAAGCUUUAACUUCACUUAUUAAAGCAGGAUUAACAUUUAACCAUGAGCCUCCACUUUCACAGAACCAGAGACUGCAAUUGCUUUUAUUGAAUCCAUUAAAGGAGAUGUCCAAUAUUAACCAUCCAGAUAUACGACUAAAGCAAUUAGAAUGUGUAUUGCAGAUUCUGCAGAGUCAGGGAGACAGUCUAGGACCUGGUUGGCCAUUGGUUCUUGGAGUCAUGGGAGCAAUCAGAAAUGAUCAAGGAGAAUCCUUGAUACGAACCGCAUUCCAGUGUCUUCAAUUAGUUGUGACAGAUUUUCUACCAACAAUGCCUUGUACUUGCUUACAGAUAGUUGUAGAUGUUGCAGGUAGCUUUGGACUUCAUAACCAAGAACUAAAUAUUAGUUUAACUUCAAUAGGUUUAUUGUGGAAUAUUUCAGAUUAUUUUUUCCAAAGAGGAGAAAUUAUUGAAAAAGAAUUAAACAAAGAAGAGGCAGCACAGCAAAAGCAGGCAGAAGAGAAAGGAGUGGUUUUAAAUCGGCCGUUCCACCCUGCGCCACCAUUUGAUUGCUUAUGGUUAUGUCUUUAUGCAAAAUUGGGUGAAUUAUGUGUGGACCCCCGUCCUGCUGUCAGAAAGAGUGCAGGGCAGACUCUGUUUUCUACAAUUGGUGCACAUGGAACUUUAUUACAGCAUUCAACCUGGCACACCGUUAUUUGGAAGGUUCUCUUUAAUCUACUGGACCGAGUUCGAGAGUCUUCUACAACUGCAGACAAAGAAAAGAUUGAAUCUGGAGGUGGCAAUAUUCUCAUUCAUCAUUCAAGAGAUACAGCAGAGAAGCAGUGGGCUGAGACAUGGGUAUUAACAUUGGCUGGAGUAGCAAGAAUUUUCAAUACCAGAAGAUAUUUACUGCAACCAUUAGGAGAUUUUUCAAGAGCUUGGGAUGUUCUUCUUGACCAUAUACAGUCAGCAGCACUCAGCAAAAACAAUGAAGUGUCUCUGGCUGCUCUGAAAAGCUUCCAGGAAAUUUUACAGAUUGUGUCCCCUGUCAGAGACUCAGAUAAGCCUGAGACUUCACCUGUAGUUAAUGUACCUGUGCCUGUCCUUAUUGGGCCUAUCUCAGGCCCUGGUUUAAGCCGGCCAUUCAUAAGAACAGAUUCUAUUGGAGAAAGACUUGGAAGAUAUAGUAACUCUGAGCCACCCAUAGUUACUGAUGAGCUUGAAGACUUGAAUCUCUGGUGGGCUGCGUGGAAUACUUGGUAUAGAAUUGGAUCUGAAAGCACUAAACCUCCUAUUACUUUUGAUAAACUAACUUUUAUUCCCAGCCAACCCUUUCUUACAGCUUUAAUUCAGAUAUUUCCAGCACUUUACCAACACAUAAAAACUAGUUUUAACAUGGAUGACUUGCAAAAGUUGGGAGUCAUAUUACACAGUGCUGUUUCAGUUCCAAUAAGUUCAGAUGCAUCUCCUUUUAUUCUUCCAUCUUAUACUGAAGCAGUUCUGACAAGUUUACAGGAAGCUGUACUUACAGCUUUAGAUGUUCUCCAAAAGGUAAUAUGUGUUUUUGAGAAAAAUAACCAAAUAUUGUAUAAAAAAAUAUUUUUUAAAUUACUGGCAUUUGUAGAAUUUUCCUGUAAACCUCCACAGUAUGGACAGCUGGAAACAAAGCACAUUGCAAAUGCAAAAUAUAAUCAGAUCCAACUAUUUGCACCGGCGGAAUGGGUAGCCUUGAAUUAUGUACCAUUUGCUGAAAGGUCUUUAGAAGUAGUUGUGGAUUUAUACCAAAAAACAGCCUACUAUCUUUAUUUUCAGGCUCUUAGAGUUCCUCUCAGUUUGAAGUAUUCCUGCCCUUCUGAAAGCACAUGGAAGCUAGCAGUAUCUUCACUCCUCAAAGUUCUUUCUAUUGGGCUACCUGUUGCCCGACAGCAUGCUUCUUCUGGAAAAUUUGACAGUAUGUGGCCAGAACUAGCCAACACUUUUGAAGACUUUCUUUUUACUAAAAGCAUACCUCCAGAUAAUCUCUCUAUUCAAGAGUUUCAAAGAAAUGAAAGUAUUGAUGUUGAGGUAGUUCAGCUUAUUAGCACUGAGAUACUACCUUAUGCCAAUUUUAUUCCUAAGGAAUUUGUUGGUCAGAUAAUGACUAUGCUUAACAAGGGCUCCAUACAUUCUCAGUCUUCUUCAUUUACAGAAGCAGAGAUUGAUAUUCGUUUGAGAGAAGAAUUUUCUAAAAUGUGUUUUGAAACACUGCUCCAGUUUUCCUUCAGUAAUAAAGUCACAACACCUCAAGAAGGCUACAUUUCACGAAUGGCACUCUCAGUGCUUUUAAAAAGGUCUCAGGAUGUGCUACAUCGCUAUAUAGAGGAUGAAAGAUUAAGUGGUAAAUGCCCUCUUCCAAGACAACAAGUAACGGAAAUCAUAUUUGUUUUAAAAGCAGUCAGUACUCUCAUUGAUUCACUUAAGAAAACUCAGCCUGAGAAUGUUGAUGGAAAUACCUGGGCACAAGUAAUUGCCUUAUACCCAACUUUAGUAGAAUGCAUCACCUGCUCAUCUUCAGAAGUCUGCUCUGCACUUAAAGAGGCACUGGUACCCUUUAAGGAUUUCAUGCAACCACCAGCAUCCAAAGUUCAAAAUGGAGAAUCUUGACCAGCUACAAUACAUUUGAAGGAAGAAAAAUAUCCUAAAGAUUGUUUGCUUCUUAGUCUUCUGUAAGAAGGACAUUUCUUACUACAAAUGAUUCUUGGCAACUGUUGUUUGCCUCCUUUGAAUUGUAAUUACCUGAAUUCAGUAAUUCAUAUUACAAGCUUACACAUCAACAAAGGCUCAUGAAUGAGUAGCAGUGCAAGCCUUUAAUAAAUUAAACUGAUGGAAGGGAUCAGUUAAUACUAUAACAUAGCUGCUACCAUAUCUUCAGUUGGUGAUUUAAAAGUGAGCUUAUGUACAGUUUGUGGUGUAUGUGUUAAUGAUGUACUUUUUAAAAAGAAAAGAUAUUUCAAUUCCGUCAGAUUUAUUAGGCUGGUGUUUUUGCACCCUUUUUCAGGUACAAAAUUGUACUAAAAUUUUAUGCAAGAUUGUACUGUAACAUUCCAUAUUAUCUACAACCAGCCUUUGUAAACAAAGGGAACUGAUAUACUUGUGUGUAUAAUAAAUGGUACAGUUCUGUAUAAAAUAGUUGAAUUUAUUGUUUAAAUUUUAAAAAUAUUGAUAAUGUUAAAUGCUUGAAGCUCUAUUAUUAAUUCAAAAUUAUUUGCUCACCUUUUUUCUUUAAUUUGCCUUCUUAUGCAGCAAAUAAGUUUACCAUGUAAAUCAUACAGUUAGCUUCUUGUUUAUUUUAUAUGUAUUGUUAGUGACCAUUAACAUCCAACUAGAAAGGUCAUGUGAACACAGCAGCAAAUAGUCUAUGACCUGCUGAUUUUGCAACUUUGAAAUAUAGGUUAUUAACCUAAUACAUUGAGAUAAUUAUAGCACUAUGACUCCAUCAUACCUCAUUUAUUUAAAUCUCUCUCCAAACUUUCACUUAAGUCUGUUUUUAUAUUUGCUGUCUUUUAAAGACUUUUCAUAUUUUAUAUUUCUACUGAUUUUUUUCCUGUGACUAACAUUUGUCACUGUCUUUGAAUUAUUACCCAGACAAGAUUUCAGAUUUCCCAAAAUUUUGCCUGGGAGAUUUUGUUCAUUUCAGUGCUUCAUUUUGUAAUGUUUUCACGAGAAGGAAAAUAACUAUAGUAACCCACAUGUAAAAAAUGUGUGUAUGUAUUUCAAAACAAUGACAAGUGUAUUUUUGGAAAUAGACAAACAUUUAGAAGUAUAGUAAACUUACUGUCUUGGAGUAAAAUGCUAGUUUUUGUUUCACUCUCCUAUCCUAGUGAAGAAGAAAAGUGCUCUUGAGUACAUUAACGUGUUUCUUUAAAAACUGACCUAGCUCACUGUAUUUUUUAUUUAAUGUAUUAUGCUAUUAUAAUAUUUUUCUUCUGAGUUAAAUUUUCAUAAUCACUUAUGUGAAAACAUGAAGAUGUUUAAAACAAAUGAUUAUUCAUAAGAAAUAAUAAUGGUCUUGGUAUUAGUGUACUGGAAGGAUUUUUUAUUUUAAUAGAAUUUAUAAAUUUCAGCCCCUCUAGAAUAAUCCUAAAACUGCAAGGAGAUGUUAGAAUUGAGUAAUGAAGGGAAUGCAAUUUGGGGGUCUCUUGUAAUUGUGUAAUUAUUUAAUUUGCACUAUUAUCUGUAAACAUGGUAAGGCCUAGUUUUUGAGGGAAUGUGUUUAUUUAUAUGAAUCAGUGAAUUUCUAUUUUAUUAUUUCACCUGAUAUUAAGGUAAAAUAUGGCUUUUCAUAGAUUUUACUUUCAGCAUUUUCCUUAAAGUUGUGGGGAAAAAAAUUACCCAAGCUUAAUUUUCUAUAUUUGAAUAGGUUAAGUUGGGAAUUUAAAAAGUAUGAAUAUCUUGAUAGAGUAUUGAAGUGGAAUAACAAGGGUAGUAUACCAUUUUAGUAACAUGUUAAAAAUAUUGCCAUGAACUUACAUGAAGUAAAAAUGUCUAUUUUUGAGAAAUAACAGAUCAAUUGCAUUCAGAAUGAUUGUUCUCCAGUGAAGGUUAAAUAUGAGUCAAGGGUAUACAGCAUACAUUUAUAUAAACUGAAUAGUUUAACUUUCAAUACUAGGACCAUGGCCUGCUGUUCAGAACACAUUAAUGUGAUGAAUGUGUUAAUACCAUAAUCAGUGAAAGUCUUAGUGUCAAGCAUGUGAGCUGCCCCCUGGGUAGAAUAAUUGACAGACCUUUUCCCCCAGCAUAUCUCCUACAGCUCUCCAGGAGUCACUGAUAGCAAUUCAUGCUCUUGAGGCAAGCUUUCCUCUAGACUGUAUUUUUUGAAAAUAUCCGGACUCCAGGGAGAUUAACACAUUGACCUGGCCUUAUUAGUGUGAAUUGGGUUCUUUAGAAGAACUAGGUUGUAUAAAAUUGCUAGAUGCCAAGAGAUUCAAAAAGGAAGCUCCCAAAACUAUGUUCAUUUUGUUGCACAAGUGAGCCUGUUAACUAGUCCUUGAAAUAGUGCUAAUAAUGUUCUCUGGGAUACAUAUUAGAAAUACAAAGUAUUUAAAGCCUCACAUAAUCACUUUUUGUCACUGACAAGGCCUAUGUUGUAGUUUGAUGAACAAUAGGCAACAAUUGGAUGAUUAAUGAGGUUCUUUUCUAUUUUGUUCUUUAUAAACAAACAGUUUUUAAAUAGAUUGAUUUUCAGUUUCCAACAAUGUUAGCACUGCCAAGAAAGAAAAGUUCGUUUUGUAGUGUCUUAUUUAGGAUUUCUUUUUAACUAGUGUUAAAAGUUUUAUUAAUUUUAUUGCAUAUAUUCAUGAGUAACAUUUACUAGGAGCCUGUUUGAUGCCAUAAGGGGAAAAAAUGCUAUGAAGUCUGACUUUAAUUCUUUAUUUUUAAUUUUAUUAUAUAAAUAGCUAACUUUUAUGUUGUUUCUCUCCUGUUUUCCUCUCUGUGGUUAUUGAUUCCAAUUUUGCUACAUUCUUUAAAGAAUGUCAGCAGAAGGAAGAGAUGAACAAGUUAGUGAUAUAUUUUAUCAUGGAUGAUUAACAUUUCCUUUAAGUAGCAGGCCAAAAACAACUGUUAUUUGUUCUUUCUCAUAUAACUUUGAGUAUUUUGUUCAUUAUCACAAUUUGGUACCACUAGUCCUAGGUGAAAAGAUCCAAAUUUAAAAAUUGAGGGUGAGGUAGCAUAAAUUAUUGAACAGAACUAGGAAACAACUGAAAAGUAUAGUAUGCAUUAAUGAAGUGAUUAUUAUUACAUCGAUGUCAAUGAAGGACAGUGUAGUUAUUGUAUAAUGGCUAAUACAUUCUCCAUAUAGAAUAAUUUAGAUGGGUAACUAAAUCCUUAAAAAGACUGCUUGCUAUAUAGGGGGAUCUUUCUAGCCAAGGCAGAAUACUUUCAGGAACGAACCAACCUUUGAUUACUACAGAAAUUAACUGGAAAUGUAGAAACCCUGGAAUGGAUCAAAGUCUGGACCCAAAAUAUUGUGGUCUAUAGUAUUUUUGUUUUUGUUUUGUUUUUGAUAGAAAACUACCAAAAAUGUGUACAGAAGUGGUCUCUUUGGAAGCCUUGCUAGCGUCUAAUAUGUUCCUUAGAUUUCCACUUAGUAGAUUUGGCAUUUUGGCAGAUAUGUGUAAUGUAUUAUAUUUUACUAUGCUUAGUGUUGCUGGAUCAUAUUUAUUUACAUUAUUAGUGAAUUUUGCUUUUUUUAAAAAAUCACCAUUUGUGAGAAGAACAAGAAUUCACAUCACAUGGUGUGUCACCAACUUAUAUUUAGUGGGUAAAUAGUUUUUUAAUAUUUCAUGACCAUUUGGAUUAAAGUUUUUUGUACUUCUGGAAAGUAGAGUGAUGCUUUCAUUUUGAAUGAAAAGUUUUUAUAGAUUGGAAAAAGAAAACUAAUAUCAUUAUGUCUUGAAUUGUAUGCAUACCACUUCAGAUGGGGUUAGAUAAAAUAAAUUUCCUAUAAAUUUAGUAAUUCAGAAUAUACCAGCAGUGGUUUUUUGUUUUUGUUUUUUUUUUUUUUUUAAGACAUGCCAGGAGUCCUUUUGUGAAUCUGAAUACACUUAGUAAUUUUGGCUAAUUGAAGGCAGUGAAGCUGAGGUUCUGCCUAUUCUUUGACUUUUAGCAGUAUAUUAACUUCUCAAGAUUCUCUUUCUUUUUCUUUUAACAGUACUGGCUAUUAAACUCAGGGAUUGUACCUGCUAGGCAAGUGCUCUACCACUGAGCAACAUUCCCAGACCUUUUCUUUUAUUAUUUUGAGACAGAGUCUCACUAAGUUCUUGAUACAAGCCUUGGACUUGUGAUCCUCCUGCCUCAGCCUGUGGAGUUGCUUGGGAUUACAGGCAUGUACCAUUGUGUCUGGCUCUGUUUCUUAUUUCUAAAGCAGAUAUUAUAAGUUGCUACUUUUUAAAGAAGAAAUGCAUAAUUUGAGUUUGAAAUUGAUUUCAUAAUAAUAUUCUUAGGGUAAUUAUUCAGGUCAUUUGAUAAAUGUACCACUAUAUUCUAACAUUUUUGUCAUCCCCCUCCUCCCCAGCCCACCAUAGGCAUCUUUUCUUUUUUUCUUUUUUCUUUCUUUUUUUUUUUUUUUAAUGUGUUUACCUUUUCCUCUUACUUUCUUCUGGCUUUUCUCUUUUCAUUUUUUAAUUCUCUGCCUCUUCUCAUUCUGUUCUUCCUUUAAUUCACCUCUCACUUGAUCAUAAGUAGCAGAACUAUUAAUGAUAAAACCACAGUUCACUACCUAAUAAGAUUUUGUAAGUCCUUCCACUUUGCCCACUAUGCUUAGUGUUAAUUGCUUAGUGUUAAAUAGAAGAACUUUAACUUGUUAUUCAUUUUGCAAAAAAUGAAGUUCCCCUGCCAUUUCAAAAUAGAAGAACAAGAUAAAGUAAUUGGUGACUAUAGCUUCUACUGUCUUUCUGAAUCCACAGGGAUUCUAUAACAUGAGGGAUGUAACUGCUAAAUUUGGAAACGAUCAUGUCUUUGCUGUGAUGUGAAUAUAGAGAGAUGAUGCCACUUUUCUCAAGGAGGAAUAUUUAAAAUCUGUUGACUUGAGGGUUUUUUGUGUGCCUGUAUUUUGUUGCUUUUUUCUUUUGGAAGAAGGUUGUUUUGUUUUUUAAAGAUAGGUGCUUUGAACUGUUUUAGAUUUAUGUUGUCCAAAUAUUACUUAUUGAUUGAUAAUAUUUGCACUGUCUACUUUGAGGAAGGAUUUGAGGCAGCCUAUUGUCCCUAUAUUUCAUCCAUUUGUUUAUCUGUUGCAAAGUAGUAAUUUUGUGGAACACCUAGGACACCUAGUUCUUAUCUCUGAAUCUUUCUAUACUAUCCAUAUGCUUGUUGCUUAUGUUUAUGCAGAGGUCAAUUAAAACAUUCCCAAUUA